AAUAUAUUGAUUGAUUAUUUGUAUACAAGAAAAUAUAUGAACGAAGGUAAAGAUUCAAAUAUUAGAAGAAGCUCCAGGAUAUCUACGAAAAAAAGAAGACCAAUAAAUUACAAAGAAAUAGAGGAUGGAAAGGAUUUCAGUCAAGAUAACGAUUCUGUUGAACAAGCAGCUAAGAGGAGUUAUGAAGAACAUGCGGUCACCAGCCUAGCAAAAAGAGAAGGAAAGCUUUGUCAUCCCAAAAAGUCCCUUACAGCUUACACUCUCUUUGUCAAGGUUCAGCGGAAAAAGCUCCAAGAUGAAGAUCCGAGUAAAACGACUCCCGAAUUAAUGAAAGAAAUUGGAAGACUUUGGAAAAGUAUCGCAGAUAGCGAAAAGUCUUGGUAUCAAUCUAUGGCUUCUAAAGACAAAGAAAGAUAUAAGAGAGAAAUGGAGGAAAUGCAACAUCUAAAAGAAAAGCAUAAGAUGAAUGAUAAUGAACUCAAAAGACCAAAGAAAUGCCUCUCCAGUUACAUGAUAUUUGUCAGAGAAGUCAGGACCCGAGUUACCCAAGAAUUCCCUGAUAUGAAUGCUCUUGAUGUUAUGAAAGAAGUCGGAAGAAGAUGGCAAAGUAUCAUUCCUGAAGACAAGAAUUAUUACCAAGGACUAGCUGGCAAGGACAAAGAAAGAUUCAAGAGAGAAAAUCAACAAUAUCUCAAAGAGCUUGAUCAAUUAGACAUGAAACUAAAGUCUCUAGAGCACAAAACUGAGAAGGAUUCAGAGAGAAGUUUUCAGAAAUUAUCAGCUACUCAUACAAGUGGAGGGAAAAGAAGCCGAAAUGAUAAGAAAGCACUUGAAGAGUGUAACAGUGGGUUCCAAUACUUCAGUCAAGAGGCAAGAGAGAUGAUAAGAAAGAAAAAUCCUUCCCUUACUCAAGCUAAUAUCAUGAAACAAGUUACAAUGCAAUGGAAUCAGCUGAGUAAUGAAGAAAAGGAAGCUUAUGACAGACCUUCAUUCAGUGAAAAUAAAACAGCUAAAGGAAAAUAAGAGAGUAAAGACUUCAGAAGGGAAUGAAAUGAAGAUUCAGAUUUACAAUGAAGAGCAUGACUCUUUCAAAGAUCACAGAAGUUUAGGAAAUGAUAAAGGAGAGUUUCAGAGUAGCAAAGAACAAGUAGCUUUUGGAGAGAAAGAAAAAUGCUUCCAACAGAGCAAUAUUGAAACAAGAAAGAAUGAAUACUUUCAAAAUAAGAAUAACUCGCCUAAUCUAGAUAGCUCUAUUAAAUUUAAUUUACCAGAGUCACGGCCAAUGAGUUUUAAUCAACCUUCUCCUAACCCAAUGCCAAUAAGGAAGGAUAUGGGUUUUGUCAAUAAUAUGGGGCCUUACCAAGAUAUGACUAAUGGCUCUACUGAAUAUUCUCAGUCUAAUGCUUAUAGUAAUAUGAACAGAAAUGCAAUGUUUUCUCCUAUGCCUUACAUGCCUAAUAGAAGUCCUGGAGUGAGCCCUAAUAUAGCCCCCAUGUAUAGUCCCAUGAUGGCCAGAAAUGAUAACAUGAGAGACUAUUCAAAUAGAAAUCUUUCAAAUAUGCAGAGAAAUCCUACUGUAAUGGGACAAAGUUUAUCAACACCAGUUAAUAAAGGAGAUAUUGGAUGCCCUGAUUUCUACCAAAUGAGUGCUUCCCCUUCAGGAUAUACUCCAAUGAGAACCAAUCUAGCCAGAUUCAACCCUGGGAUGUCUCCUCUCCGCCAGCCAGACACCUCUGCAAUCUUCGGGCCUAGUCCAAAUAUGAUGCCAAAUUUAUCAUUUCAGGCUUACCAAAUGGGCAACACUCCCAUCAACCAUUACGGGAACAACAAGCAGAUGUUCGCUCCUCCAAAGCCGUUCAACCCAAUGAUGCCCCAGGGGAACGACGGGCAAAGAAAAAUGAAUCCAGAUGACAGCAAACUAUUCGAGUUAAAUCCCUUCGGAGGCUAGUACUCUAGGUUCUCUAUUU